UCUUAUCAGCAACAGUUGCCAGAAAGCAUUAAAUUCCGCCACUCAGAUCUUUUUGACCAGAAUUUGUGGACACCGCUAACGAUAUGAGCUUGGGAUUUGUGAGUUAUACAUGGAGGCCAGCGGGCGAUAAGACGGGACUGUUGUAGAAGACUAGUGAAAGGGGUUAAAAAAGGUGAAGAAGUGACCCAGUGCAUAUGAGAUGAAGUGAAAAUUGCAAAUGAGCGUGGAAGUGACUCCUAACUUGACAAACCUUGGCUCUGCCCCUCACCAUCACGGAGUUAAGAGUGUGGAAAUUACUCCCUGAAUUCACUUGCGUAUGCCCACGGGGGGAAAUGUACAGUAGACUCAAAGCUUUGUAAACAUUCUUGACCAUAUUUUGUAGAGCGCGUAGCUAGCUGGCAACUCUCCAACGGUAGAAAACGUUUUGAGCACAUUUGUGGAGGGGGGGGGGGGGGAUGCUGGAGAUGAUUAUAAUACACUCCCUGACCGCCGCCAGAACAAUCGAGUCUGCCGGAGAGGUGUUAGAGAGGGCGUUCCAAAUGCAAUAGUAUGUGCAAUACCGAGUGUGUCGCGCUGAUAAGAGUGACGGGAGAUAAGAGUGAGGUGAUAGCAAGGUACUAAGCUACGCCUCCUUAUCCGUCACCAUGGGAGAUGAGGACGCUUGCACGGAGCUGGAGGGUACAGAGGAAGGAUCAAACUACCACCAGGGUCAUAAAGCUACUACUGGAAAUGCCCACAACUCCUGCGAAAGCCUUGUCAAAUAUGUGUUUCUUCAGGUUCAAGAGUGUCUACAAACCAUUGCACUUCUUCCGCAACAUCUGCAGUCCUCUCCUAGCAAAGCUCCUCGCCAGAGAACUCAAGAACAGCAAAUUUAUCCAAGAUUCACAGCGCGGAAACGGCGAGGAUGCUACCCACCAAACCUUGUUCGACCUACUGACGAAAGUCGGCUCCAGAGGGAAGAAUGCGCGGGAUAAACAGAGAAAACGGGGAAAGCUACAGUCGUCAGACACGUACGAAAUCAACAACUUAAAGGAUAACAAGGACACACUAGAAAGGGUACAGGUGGGGGAGCUGCUGGAGAGGGGCGAGGCAAGUAAGGCCGUGGCAAUACUCCGGGAGCUGGACGUCAAGUUUCUGCUGUGCGUUCUUGUAAACUACGCACUUGGGAUUACUUUCAGUGACGAGGUGAAGCGAGCCCUUGAUGCACUACGGGAGCUCAGGAACAGCAACACCCACCAAGACGGAGACCCCGAGCUGCUGAAGAAGCUGUGGACGGAAACGGAGCAAGUACACAAAUAUCUGUAUGGAGAAACCGACACUUUUAAGAAGCUUAAGAAAUCGUGGUGGCCUGAAGAGACCUGGGACCAAAUACUGGAGGAUGUACGGCAAGAGAUCGACGAAAGGUACCAGACGUCUUCCCCUAAACACCACACAGCACAGCUCACUAUUCUGCACCAUCAGCGCGAAGAGCACGGCCAACCGGGGACGGCUGUACAGAACCUGCUGGACUUUCUUGUGCAGAAACAGAAAAGCUGCUGCCGGGAGCCUCAGCCCAUCGUGCUGUACGGGGAGCCUGGGGCGGGCAAGUCCUCUGUCCUGGAUAGCCUGCUCGAUACCCUCCGCGAGCAGAAUGCCCCCAAAGACUUCCUGAUGGUGGUCAAGGUGAGGAAUACCGACGUCAAUAGCAAGAAAGAGUUCUGGAAGCAAAUAUUCACCGACCGCUGCCCUCAAGCGAUCAAGAAUCAUAAGGACGAGGAGGUUCAGCAGGUCCUGAAACUCAAAGCCAGCAAGUUUCUUUUCUUGGUGGACUGCAACCUCCAGAAAGAGACCCUCGAUAAGCUGAUAUCGUACAUGGGUCAUGGGUUGUGGGUUCUGUCCUUCCAAGGGGCGUCGGACUACUCCAAGCGAUUCCACUUGCUAGAGGUGGCGCCACUCUCCGAGGACCAGAUCCACCAAGUGCUGCAGGACCGACCAGAGAUGACCCCAAGAGACAGAGAUCUGGUGCUUAGGCUCUUCCAGAAUUAUGAACACAAAGACCUCAUCAAGACCCCGGAGAUGGUGCACCUCUUUGCCGACAUCUGCUCGGAAAAGGGAAGCCACAUUCCCUUCUACGAACUCAUACGGCGUUACAUAGACAAAAAGGUUAAGACCGAUGAAACGAUGUUGAUUGAGCUGGGGAAGAAAGCCUUUGAGAACAUCAAGAGCCAGAGACAUUACACAGAGGUGGAAUGUGCCUUGCGUCCUCUCUUUAAGCGUGACGCGAAUGGAUAUUGGUUCAAGUACAGGAAGGUGGAGGAUUACCUGGCAGCGAAGUACGUCGUGGCCGACCCGGAGAAGGCCUGUGAGUCGUGGCUGGAUCAGGCAAAACUCUUUACGACAGUGUUUCACGUAGUGUGCUUCCUCUGGAGCGAGCAAGAUAACGGCAUCCAAGCGAACCAUCACUUCAUUAGGAAAUACCUCGAGAAGAUUUUUAGGGGUGAUAGGGAAAUGAGCAAGGACACCAGUGACCGAAAGGAUUGCAAUGAAAAGAAGAGGAAACAGGACGAAGCCACCAGUGAGGGAAGGGAUUGUACAGGAAAGAAGAGGAAACCGGACACGGCUACCAGUGAGGUAAAUGAUUGCAAAGGAAAGAAAAUGAAAAAGGAGACCGCCGGCGAGGGAAAGGAUUGUGUCACCAUUCACAAACCCUUUGAGCGAUGGAUUUGUCUAUCAAAAUUUGCAAAGGACUACCAAAGCAAUGAAGGUCUAUUACAAAUACUGGCAGACAUGUUGACUCCCUUCGAUACCUGGCUCUUCAGAUACACUACGAUGACUCCAGAGUUGAUAGACAGUCUCUCCCAAGUGCUGAAGCGUGUCACGCUGCCCCCAAAGCUGACUAUCAAGAUGGAGAGCGGCACCAACGUGGAGGUCUUGAGGCAGCUGUGGAUCAUGCUUAGAAGCCACUCUGUGCUCCUGAGCAACUCAGCUGUUCACUUGACGAUCCAUUAUCAGGGCAGCAACGUGGCCAAAUAUGAGGAAACCCUGGCAGCGUUCUGUGAUACGAUAUACAACACCAUAGCGCCGCUCUACAUCAAACAUUACUCUGGUCCGCUGCUGUGCUCAAAAACACCGCAGUUUUUCGAGGGUUCGUGUUUGCAAGAGCUGGGUAAAUAUGCGCUGGAUGUGUAUAUAACUGAUCUGGCCUCUUUAAGCAUGGUCUUGGCACAGAAUAAGAAUCGAAAGUGUAUCAAGAGGCUCAGAGUGAGGCUUAUGGAGAUGACACAGCCCUUGGAGCAGUCGCAAUCCUUUCCUCGUGACUUGACAAUCAUUUACUUCGAAGGUUUGCAAAAGCUGUUAGAGAGCUACAAACCUGAUUGUCUUUGCUCCCUCAAAAUCCACGAGGUGUAUAUUCACGAUAAUUUCCAUCUAGACUUGACUCGGUUCACCAAGUUAGAGCUCCUCUCAAUACGAUUUGUCCAGAAGGAAAAACAGGAAAAGGUCGGCCGUCUGUCCCGUGAAGAAUGGCUGCCACGCCUGGUGAAGCACCUGCGUCUGCCCGCACGGGUGGGGAGGCUGAUGAUGAGAAACAUGGCAUUCCUUGAUGAUUCCUCGGCAUCAGCUUUGGUAACACUCUCCAAGAAGGUGACAUAUCAGAGGCUUGUCCUCUUAGAUACUGAUUUAUCCAUUGCAAAAUUCAGGGAGAUAAUGGGGGACCUUGUCGCCAGCUCCUGCAGAGCUGGCACUGAAGACGCUGCGGCAAUUCCACCAGCGGAGGGUGUUCGGCGUCCGCGUCUUCAGAAAGCAGUAAGGGAAGACAGAAGAAGGCACAAGCCUGAGGGGAAGGAACUGAUCGUCACCAGCGAGGCGACGCUAUUUAAGAACCCUUCCAGCGCAGAAGAAUGGCCAGCCGCCCGUCACAACUUCGUCAAUUUGGUGAAGGCCGUCGAUGCGUGCCCGGCCCUCAGCAUCAACUACAGUGGCAAAUGUGUUGCGGUACGGAAGGAUGUGUGUGGAGACCUCUUCGUGAAGUGUCCACUACCCUUCCUGGAUGACACAAUGGCGAAGGAACUCGACAGGCAUCCGGAGCUGGGCCCGGUGCUGGAGGCUCUGGCCCUGGCCGAGAGGAUCAGCCUGCACUGCACGGAGCUUUCCUGUUACGGGGCGCUGAGACUGCUGGACCACCUCAAGGAAAGGAUGAUGAUCAUUGGCAGGACUGAGCCUUUCAAGCUGACCAUUGGCUCGUGGAACCCCACCAUUUGCUCCAAGACUAAAGAGGAAUUGAAACACGGCUUCGUGGAGGAAAUAUACAGAGAAGACAAGCUCGCACAGUUCAACUUCAGCUGUAAGUACGGGUGCCACUUCUUCAAGAAAGCUAUUGAUGGCACAAUAUAUUUCAAUGAUGAGCGCUUGAGAGAUAACCGCAAAAGAGCAAAGUGAUCCAAUCCCAGAAGGAAAACUUUCAGCCCGUUCUGUGUGGCUGGCUGAUCACUCAUUUUUAUUGGCUUUAAACGUGAGUUAUGAACACGAGAGCUUUCAGUACUUUCAUGUGAUAGUAGUUACACUGAGUGGUCAGGGUCACUGAACCUCUUCUCCCGUGCACGGUGGACGGGCUGACCCACAGAAGACAGCAACAGCCACAGGAGAAUCACGCGGGGAAACGGUCUCACAAUGGAAGGGAGACCAGGGCUUGUGAGAGUGAAAGAGGAAUGAUACUGUGACACAAGAAUGAUGAUAACAGGAAUGAUAGUGAAAGAAAUACCACAGUGGGAUAAAAAUGGUGCUGUGAGAGUGAGAGAUAACGCUGAAGUGCAAAGAGGAAGGGACAGUAAUGUGUUGUAAAUCUGAUCGGAGAGCCAUGGGAGGACCGGAGAGUUUUGGGGGAUAUCAGGACCAAGAGUCUGGCACGUGUCGAUGCCUUACUCUACCUACUUAAAGAGGCUCUCGUAGAAGUUCCCGGGAUUGCCAUGGUGAGUAGUUUCAUAUCUGGUGGUAGAGAGCAAGAUUUCUACGCCAUGAACAGGUAAAUCACUCUUCUCUCCUCUCCUUCCCCUUCUCUCUCUCCUUCCCAAACCCCUCUUCUUCCUCCUCCUUUCUCUCCUCUCCCUUCCUCUCUCCUCCCCUUCCCUUUCUCUCUCUCCCUUCCUCUCUCCUCCCCUUCCCCUUCUCUCUCUCCUUCCCAAACCCCUCUUCUUCCUCCUUCUUUUUCUCUCUCUCCUCUUCCUUCUCUCUCUCCUCCCCCUUUCUCUCUCUCCUCUCCCUUCCUCUCUCCUCCCCUUCCCCUUCUCUCUCUCC